CACUUCCCCAUAUUUCCUCUCUCUGAAUCCACUUCCCUUUCCCCCAAACCCUAAUCCAAUGGUGAACGGAUAGCCAGAGAUUGGAUCGAUCGGAGAAGGAGAGGGGAAGAUGGGGAGCACUAAGGGGGUAGAGAAGCCGGAAUCACUUGUUUUGGGAGAGGAGUGGCCAAAGCUCAGAGAUUUGGGACAGAGGAGUGGAAAAAGAGAAGCGUAUGCCACCGUGAGAGUCUCUGAUUCGCAGAGCAUUGGAGGUGUUUCCAUAGAUCGAUCAUCAUCAUUGCCUUGCUUGCAAGCUCAGCCGCAGGCAUCAAAAGACAUUCAGAGAUGUAAUGGAGAUAAAAUUGGCAAUCACUACAAUGGACCCUAUCCUCGGCCUGCAAUGAUAGGUGGUCCUCAACCAUCUAACUACUGUCAUCAUCCAUCAUCACAGUUCCAAGAAGUAGGGAGACAUGUUUACCAAGCAUAUCCCCAUCCGAAUCCAUUUCCAUACUACCAACAACAAUUCUUUGCACCGCCGCCAUACGAUCCAUUUGUGAAUAAUCGCCAAACAACUUCUUUUGUAUGCAAUCAAGCACAUACCUACCAUGUAGAACAGAAUUCUAGACCAAAUCCUCCUACAAUGGAUCAUCGCUUCAGAUCGAAGGCACUCGUUCGACAAUGUUUGCCUAAUUUUUAUCCGGAUUUAGGCUUUACAAAUAACCCUUAUUAUUAUGGGCAUGUUCCUCCUGUACCUUAUUCUGCUGCUGCUCCUUGUUCACCUGCUGCUUCUGUUGGUGUUCGGACACCACCUUUUGAUUUAUCUUCUACUUCCCAUUAUCACAAUUCUUUUCAAGGUCAACACAAAAUGGAUAAAAGGGCUUCUAUUGUACAUCAAGUAGAGUAUUAUUUCAGGUAUUUUUCUGAAGCUUAA